AUGCCGCUGCUGGGCUUUUUGACGAAGGCCUUGCGCGAAGCGAACUUUCCCACGUUGCUCGCGCAGAAGGCGGGUCUCAGCGUCGACAUCUCAAAGGCUGACGCCAGCAAAGCAGAGGACAAGAUCCGCAUCCUGAAUUGCAUCAGACUGCCGCAAGCAAGGACGAAGGAAUUGACUGACGUCGCGCCCCUUCAAGAUCCAAAUUAUUCAGCUGUGAACAAGGCCCUGGCAGCGCAUUUUGCCAUCGCUUCCUGGUUUGGUGCCGUUACGCAGGGGCACGACACCAGCAACCUUCGGAGAGCCCUAGCGGCCGACAGCUCACGGCAUAUGGUGGAGUUGUCCUUCACAGGCUGCCGUGGCUUUGGGGAUGACUCGCUGCAGCAGCUGCUGAAUCACUUGCCGAGGAAACUUCGUCUGCUCCGCUUGGAUCUGGCCUUUAGUGGGGUUCAAUCAUGGAACUUCCAGAAGGAGAUGCCUCCACUGGAGCAGCUCACCCUGCGCUUCACGGGCUCCAGGUUGGCAGAUGCGUCCGGCUUGGCACAGAUGCUCGACACAGAGCAGUGCCUCGCAGGGUCCUUGGUGGAGCUGGGCUCAUGGGAGCCGCUCACAAAACUGCACCUGGAAGAGUUGGUUUUACAGCUGAAGCGCUGUGGCCAAGAGGUGGAGCUGGCUGGUAGCAAGGCUGUGGACUACGUAGAUUUUGACGAUGCCAUUGACGACUGUGGAGGGCGAGCUUGGCGAUGGGCCGAACUCAGCUUACUUUUUACAUUGCAGGCUGCUGCUGAGAUUCAGCAGCGGACGACCCUUGCCGUGAUCCUGCUGUCGCUGUACCCUGUGGCCUGCUUGUCACUGGAAGAGUCUCUGGGAGUUCCAUGGGCUGCGAUCUGCACUUUGCUCUCCGUGAUAGUGCUGAGUAGCAUUGUGACGACGAGCAUUCGCUUUGACACCGUGAGAGCGCAAAUUCUGAAGGAAGCGGUGGCAACAGAAGCAAGUUACUCCCAGGUGCUUCAGCUGCCAGAGACUCAGAGCGUCAUGCUCCGUGUUCCUACAAUGGGCUGCGGCUAUGCAGAUCCUCGAGAACUACGUCAACAAAGCGAAGAUUUGGCUGGAAUAUUUUUGGGUGCGCAACAACAUCUCCCUCUAUUGCGGAGAGCCAUGAAUGUGGCGCUGCCAGAUGCUACAUUGAAGCUGAAACUGCUGACCAAUUUGAUUGACGAAGAGAAGCGAAGCCCGCAACAAGUUUUGGACGCGCUUCGAUUUGAAUUGAUGUGCGAAAACAUGCAAUCCGUUCAGGAAGCAUUCAAGGGCCUCGAGGACCGCCUUGCGAGCGAAGAAAUGGUCGCUUUGGGUGUGCGGAUCGCCGCUGUCCGGGACACCUUCGCCGAGAUGAGCGGGGCCAGUGGCCAAAAAUGCUGUCAGGUAGUUCUGCAGGUGGAAGAUUACUAUUCCUCCGUGUUUCUCAUGGAUGUCACUUUGACCAGGCUCGAGAAUCAGCUGAGCGAUUUGACCAAGUUGGCGGACAAUUUUGGGCUGUUGGAUGACGUGAAAUCAAAAUGGGAGACUUCACUGAGGCUUUGCAAUGAUGCAUCCAGUGUCGGGCCUUUGACCAUGGCAGGGACCAUUUUCUUGCAGAUUGUGGCGUUGGUCGUGUCCUUUUUCAUGGCCGUCCAAUAUUUCCUCCGUUACGCUCCCAGGAGACUGUUCGGUCUUUUCCCACCCUGGUGCCGUGUGGUCAUGAAACUGGAUGAAAACCGCCAUGCCGCUAUGCGUAGGAUCCGUUCUCGUCUGUCCGACUUCCUUCUGGAUGCCUUGCUGCUGGACACCGAGGAGUCCAAUGAGACGUUCUUGGAGGCCGCAUUUCUGGCCCUGCCCUACUUGGUCCUGGUUGUGGUGUUCCUGUUACAGCUGUUGUGCCGAAAGACGAGUCGGAAGAGGCCGCGACCCACGGAGGUGCUUUAUGAAAAGUAUUUUGGGUUGCGCGGAGCUUACUACCCCUUCAAGGUGGCGAUCUUCCAAUGCUUCACCGUUGCGGUGCAGGCCUUGGGAAAGAUCUCCUUGUUGGGCGGCCUCGUUACCUUCGCCCAAGAAGAACAAGACGCGAAUGCCAUUCUUUGGCUUAGUGUCGGCUUCUGGGCUUUCUGUGCCCUACUCUGUUGGAACAGUCUCUAUCCCGCCUUUCUUUUGAUGUUCCCUGACACCGCCUGGGCUCGAAUUGGAGCAGCAUUUAUGGAUGCUGCUCUGGACCUUGGCUACAUCUUGACCUACCUGGGUAUGGUGUUGGUGGCCAUGCUGCGAUUGCAGACAGCCUCCGAAGGCUGGGGAAAUUUUGGCGAGGACUUGACGUUGCAAUUCAGCAAUCGUAUUAGCCCCGUGUUCGCCUUUCCCACUGACUUUCUGGGCUAUGGCGCCGUGUAUUUCAACUUAGCACACGCAUGCUGCAUUGCACACAUUUUGCAGCAAACCAAUUGGAGCUUGCCGGUGCGACCCAGGUGUUUUCCGUGCCGUUGCUCUGGCAAUGCUGACUCAGCUGGCCAACAGAUUGACAGCUGCACCCUUGCAGCCGUCCUCAGACAGAAGCAGGUGAACCUCGCUGCGAAGAGCAUCACUGCUGUGGGCCCAAAAGCUUUCAGCUCACUUGGACACGUGCAGCGCCUGUCAUUGGCGAACAACAGCUUGAUCCAUCUGCCUCCGGGCCUCUUCGAAGGUCUGUCAUCUUUGGAGCAGUUGGACUUGACUCGAGUUGAGCUGGCAACACUUCACGAAGAUUCCUUUCGGGGCUUGGAGCAGCUGAAACUAUUGGCGAUGAGACACCUGUCAGCACCUGUCAGCGACAACCAGCUCACCGAGCUCUCGGCUGCGAUGCUGCAACAUUUGCCGCUGUUGGAGCAGCUUCUCUUGGGCGGCAAGCGGGACAAGCAAAACAGAGUCAUCGUGAAGGGCAAUCGCAUCCAGGAGCUCGGGGCCAUCUUCGGACACAACGAACAGCUGCAGGUGAUCGACUUCAGCGAAAACAAGCUUCAGAAGAUUGACCCAGCUACGUUUGCAGGACUAAAGAAGCUCCGAUGGCUGAGCUUAAGCUACAACCAGUUGACCACAAUUCCUGUGGGGGCAUUCCAAGGCCUUGGUCAGCUGCAGGAACUCGAUUUGGACCACAACCAUUUCACCACCAUUCCCGCGGGGGCAUUCCAAGGUCUCAGUCAACUCCACGAACUCUCUCUGUCCUAUAACUGGUUGACCACAAUUCCUGCAGGGACAUUCCAAGGCCUUGGUCAACUCCAGGAACUCUCUUUGGGCGGCAACAAGUUGACCACAAUUCCUGCAGGGACAUUCCAAGACCUUGGUAAACUCCAGACACUCGAUCUGGGCAUCAACCAGUUGACGACAAUUCCUGCAGGGACGUUCCAAGGCCUUGGUCAACUGCAGAAACUCUAUCUGUACAGCAACAAGUUGACCAGAAUUCCUGCAGGGACAUUCCAAGGCCUUGGUCAACUGCAGAAUCUCGAUCUGAGCUUCAACCCGUUGACAAUUCCUGUGGGGACAUUCCAAGGUAUUGGUCAACUGCGGGAACUCAGGCUGGAGUACAACGGGUUGACAGGAAUUCCUGCGGGGACAUUCCAAGGCAUUGGUCAACUCAAGUUUCUCUAUUUGGGCAGCAACCAGUUGACCACAAUUCCUGCGCGGACAUUCCAAGGUCUCAGUCGGCUCCAGGAACUCUCUCUGCAUAGCAACAAGUUGACCACAAUUCCGAAAGGGGCAUUCCAAGGCCUUGGUAAACUCCAGAAACUCGAUCUGCAUAGCAACAUGUUGACCAGAAUUCCUGCAGGGACAUUCCAAGGCCUUGGCCAGCUCCAGGGACUUAUCCUGUACGAGAACCGGUUGACCACAAUUCCUGCAGGGACAUUCCAAGGCCUUGGUCAACUCAAGUUUCUCUAUUUGAACAGCAACCAGUUGGCCACAAUUCCUGCGAGGACAUUCCAAGGCCUUGGUAAACUGCAGGAACUCUAUCUGUCCCGCAACAAGUUGACUACAAUUCCGAAAGGGGCAUUCCAAGGCCUUGGUCAACUGCAGGAACUCUAUCUGUCUCGCAACAAGUUGACUACAAUUCCGAAAGGGGCAUUCCAAGGCCUUGGUCAACUGCAGGAACUCGAGUUGGGCAGCAACAACGUGUUGACCACAAUUUCGAAAGGGGCAUUCCAAGGCCUUGCUAAACUCCAGAGACUCUAUCUGCAUAGCAACAAGUUGACCAGAAUUCCUGCAGGGACAUUCCAAGGCCUUGGCCAGCUCCGGGGACUUAUCCUGUACGAGAUUCGGUUGACCACAAUUCCUGCAGGGACAUUCCAAGGCCUUGGUCAACUCAAGUUUCUCAAUUUGCGCAGCAACGAGUUGACGACACUUCCUGCGGGGACUUUCCAAGGCAUUGGUCAACUGCGGGAACUCAGGCUGGAGAACAACGAGUUGACAGGAAUUCCUGCGGGGACAUUCCAAGGCCUUGGUCAACUGCAGAGACUCUAUCUGCAUAGCAACAAGUUGACCACAAUUCCUGCGCGGACAUUCCAAGGUCUCAGUCGACUCCAGGAACUCUCUCUGUCCGGCAACUGGUUGACCAGAAUUCCUGCAGGGACGUUCGAAGGCCUUGGUCGACUGCAGAAACUCAAUCUGGAUAGCAACCAGUUGACCAGAAUUCCUGCAGGGACAUUCCGCGGCCUUGAUCAACUCGAGGAACUCUAUUUGGGUGGCAACCAGUUGACCAGAAUUCCUCCGGGGAUUUUCCACGGCCUUCGUCAACUCAAGUAUCUCUAUUUGGGCAGCAGUCAACUCAAGUAUCUCUAUUUGGGCAGCAAUCAGUUGACCACAAUUCCUGCGAGGACAUUUCAAGACCUUGGUCAGCUGCAGGAACUCAGGCUGGAGUACAACAAGUUGACCACAAUUCCUACUGGGACAUUCCACGGCCUUAGACAACUCCAGAGACUCUUUCUGCAGAGCAACAAGCUGACCAGCAUUUUUACGGAGACAUUUCAAGACCUUGGUCAACUGCAGGAACUCAGGCUGGAGUACAACAAGUUGACCACAAUUCCUACUGGGACAUUCCACGGCCUUAGACAACUCCAGGAACUCAAUUUGGGCCACAACAGGUUGACCACAAUUCCUGUGGGGACAUUCCAAGGCCUUGAUCAACUCCAGCGGGAGAUCUGGAUUCCUGGGGCCCUGGGGUGUGGGCAGGAUUGUGGCACUGUGGAGGUGUUCAGCUGCUUAGUUUUUCAAUUGCUGGAUUUCCUUGGAAUUUUUGCAAUGGCCACAGCUGCCGUAACCGUCCUCGGUGGCGCCGGCGCAUCGGGCGUGAUCCCAUGCCCACUGCCCGCGACGGUGGAAGAUGCCAUUUGCGCUGUGCAAAAGACGCAGCCAGGUGGCUGGAAGAAUGCCGUGCUUUCCCAGGGUGUCCAACAUUUAAAACCAAGCACUGCCCUGGAAGCUGCUGCGUUGCUUGGUUUCGAAGACGUUUACUGCACUGCUGGACUGGUGACGUGUCGUGCCUUCGACAGCAGCCGUGCGAUCAACGUCCCACAAACGGAAUGCCGUGGUAUCAACUUGAAGCAGCUGUCGCAGCUGGUGGAUUUCAUCCGUGACCAUGCGCACCUCUGGAUGGAGACGUACUCUGGCAGCCCAAACUUUGAACAGCCGUUGGAGCUGCAGACCUUCAACCUCUACCACACAUCUCAUUGGGUCAUAAAGCCAGCCACCCUGCGGUACAGGUGCAGCUUCGUGGAGCUCGUUGCCAAAGACGCAGAAACGCAGUUCCCGUGUUGGUUUGUGAGCCAUGCGUGGCAAGAAGCCGUGUGUCGCUUUGUUGCUUGCCUGCGCCAGCACGCGGAACUGCGGAAUGCCGUGGGACUAGCAUACUGGGUCUGUGCGUACGCAAAUAAUCAACACAAGCUGCAGGACGAGAUCUCGGCCAACCCGCGAAGGACGUCCUUCUACAAGGUUGAAGAGCGGAACACCGGGACGCCACUGCUGCUGGAUGUGGCCGCGACUGACUCCUCCAAUGAGGCGCACGUGAUCACUGAUGGUCUGGCAGCCCCAGAGGCGCGUUUGAUGCCGCUGCUGGGCUUUUUGAUGAAGGCCUUGCGCGAAGCGAACUUUCCCACGUUGCUCGCGCAGAAGGGUCUCAGCGUCGACAUCUCAAAGGCUGAUGCCAAAGAACCAGAGGACAAGAUCCGCAUCCUCAAUUGCAUACGACUGCCGGAAGCAAGGACGAAGGCCAGGAACAAGGCCCUGGCAGCGCAUUUUGCCAUCGCUUCCUGGUUUGGUGCCGUUACGCAGGGGCACAACACCAGCAACCUUCGGAAGGCGCUGGCGGCCGACAGCUCACGGCAAAUGGUGGAGUUGUCCUUCACAGGCUGCCGUGGCUUUGGGGAUAACUCGCUGCAGCAGCUGCUGAAUCACUUGCCGCAGCUGCGUCUGCUUCGCUUGGAUUUGGCCUUUAGCGGGGUCCAAUCAUGGAACGUCCAGGAGGAGAUGCCUCCACUGGAGCAGCUCACCCUGCGCUUCACGGGCUCCAGGUUGGCAGAUGCGUCCGGCUUGGCACAGAUGCUCGAGACAGAGCAGUGCCUGGCACGGUCCUUGGUGGAGCUGGGCUCAUGGGAGCCGCUCACAAAGCUGCACCUGGAAGAGUUGGUUUUACAGCUGAAGCGCUGUGGCCAAGUUCCUCCUGAAGCAAAGCAGUCGUUGUAUGAGUGUGUCAAACAACUGAAGAGAGCUAGGAGGGGACUGGAUCUUCGGUUGACGAUUGAGGGAGUUGCUGAACCUUCCUGGUCAUGGUCUUGGUCUGGAUGCCAGCCGCAAGUCCAGGAGGUGGAGCUGGCUGGUAGCAAGGCUGUGGACUACGUAGAUUUUGACGACGCCAUUGGCGACAGUGGAGGACGAGCUCCCUUUCCAUGCAGCCACAGCAGAUGCCAUGAAUUCCACGAAAACGUUCAUGGCUUUUGCCCUAAACAUCGGCUACUGCGACACUGUUGGAAACUGGCAUCCUGGUGGCGGACAGCUUGGCGAUGGGUCGAACUCAGCUUACUUUUUACAUUGCAGGCUGCUGCUGAGAUUCAGCAGCGGACGACCCUUGCCGUGAUCCUGCUGUCGCUGUACCCUGUUGCCUGCUUGUCACUGGAAGAGUCUCUGGGAGUUCCGUGGGCUGCGAUCUGCACUUUGCUCUCCGUGAUAGUGCUGAGUAGCAUCGUGACGACGAGCAUUCGCUUUGACACCGUGAGAGCGCAAAUUCUGCAGGAAGCGGUGGCAACAGAAGCAAGUUACUCCCAGGUGCUUCAGCUGCCAGAGGCUCAGAACGUCAUUGGGGUGCCUUGGCUGCCAAGCCAUGCGGGCAACAUGCUCCGGGUUCCCACCAUGGGCUGCGGCUUUGCAGAUCCUCGAGACCUGCGUCAGCAAUGUGAAGAUUUGGCUGGAAUAUUUUUGGGUGCGCAACAACAUCUCCCUCUAUUGCGGAGAGCCAUGAAUGUGGCGCUGCCGGAUGCUACAUUGAAGCUGAAACGGCUGACCAAUUUGAGCGACGAAGAGAAGCGAAGCCCGCAACAAGUUCUGGACGCGCUUCGAUUUGAAUUGAUGUGCGAAAACAUGCAAUCCGUUCAGGAAGCAUUCAAGGGCCUCAAGGACCGCCUUGCGAGCGAAGACAUGGUCGCUUUGGGCGUGCGGAUCGCUGCUGUCCGGGACACCUUUGCCGAGAUGAGCGGGGCCAGCGGCCAAAAAUGCUGCCAGGUAGUUCUGCAGGUGGAUGAUUAUUAUUCCUCCGUGUUUCUCAUGGAUGUCACUUUGACCAGGCUCGAGAAUCAGCUGAGCGAUUUGACCACGUUGGCGGACAAUUUUGGGCUGUUGGACGACGUGAAAUCAAAAUGGGAGACUUCACUGAGGCUUUGCAAUGAUGCAUCCAGUGUCGGGCCUUUGACCAUGGCAGGGACCAUUUUCUUGCAGAUUGUGGCGUUGGUCGUGUCCUUUUUCAUGGCCGUCCAAUAUUUCCUCCGUUACGCUCCCAGGAGACUGUUCGGUCUUUUCCCACCCUGGUGCCGUGUGGUCAUGAAACUGGAUGAAAACCGCCAUGCCGCUAUGCGUAGGAUCCGUUCUCGUCUGUCCGACUUCCUUCUGGAUGCCUUGCUGCUGGACACCGAGGAGUCCAAUGAGACGUUCUUGGAGGCCGCAUUUCUGGCCCUGCCCUACUUGGUCCUGGUUGUGGUGUUCCUGUUACAGCUGUUGUGCCGAAAGACGAGUCGGAAGAGGCCGCGACCCACGGAGGAAAAGUAUUUUGGGUUGCGCGGAGCUUACUACCCCUUCAAGGUGGCGAUCUUCCAAUGCUUCACCGUUGCGGUGCAGGCCUUGGGAAAGAUCUCCUUGUUGGGCGGCCUCGUUACCUUCGCCCAAGAAGAACAAGAUGCGACUGCCAUUGUUUGGCUUAGUCUCGGCUUCUGGGCUUUCUUUGCCCUACUCUGUUGGAACAGUCUCUAUCCCGCCUUUCUUUUGAUGUUUCCUGACACUGCCUGGGCUCGAAUUGGAGCAGCAUUUAUGGAUGCUGCUCUGGACCUUGGCUACAUCUUGACCUACCUGGGUAUGGUUUUGGUGGCCAUGCUGCGAUUGCAGACAGCCUCCGAAGGCUGGGGAAAUUUUGGCGAGGACUUGACGUUGCAGUUCAGCAAUCGUAUCAGCCCCGUGUUCGCCUUUCCCACUGACUUUCUGGGCUAUGGCGCCGUGUAUUUCAACUUAGCACACGCAUGCUGCAUUGCACACAUUUUGCAGCACACCAAUUGGAGCUUGCCAGUGCGACCCAGGGGCGAGCGCCAAAAACGGAGAGUUCUUCCAGCACUAUUUGGGUGCUCCCUUUCCAUUGGGCUCCUUUCGAUGCUGGUGAUUCUCCUUGUGACGCAGGACGUUUUUCCAAUGACCCAUGGACAGGAUUUCAGGUGUUUUCCGUGCCAUUGCUCUGACAAUGCUGACUCAGCUGGCCAACAGAUUGACAGCUGCACCAUUGCAGCCGUCCUCAGACAGAAGCAGGUGAACCUCGCUGCGAAGAACAUCACUGCCGUGGACCCAAAGGCUUUCAGCUCACUUGGACAUGUGCAGCGCCUGUCAUUGGCGAACAACACCUUGAUCCACCUGCCUCCGGGUCUCUUCGAAGGUCUAUCAUCUUUGGAGCAGUUGGACUUGACACGCGUUGAGCUGGCAACACUUCACGAAGAUUCCUUUCGGGGCUUGGAGCAGCUGAAACUAUUGGCGAUGAGCGACAACCAGCUCACCGAGCUCUCGGCUGCGAUGAUGCGACACCUGCCGCUGUUGGAGCAGCUGCUCUUGGGCGGCAAACGCGUCAUGCGCAGGAUCAUCGUGAACGGCAAUCGCAUAGAGGAGCUCGGAACCAUCUUCGGACGCAACGAACAGCUGCAGGUGAUCGACCUCAGCCAAAACCUGCUCCAGAAGAUUGACCCAGCUACGUUUGCAGGCCUUGGUCAACUGCAGAAACUCGAUCUGGGCGGCAACCAGUUGACCACAAGUCCUACGGGGACAUUCCAAGACCUUGGUCAACUGCAGGAACUUGAUCUGUUCGGCAACCAGUUGACCACAAUUCCUGCAGGGACAUUCCAAGGACUUGGUCAACUGCAGGAACUUGAUCUGUUCGGCAACCAGUUGACCACAAUUCCUGCAGGGACAUUCCAAGGCCUUGGUCAACUGCAGCUACUCAAUCUGGGCAGCAACAAGUUGACCAUAAUUCCUGCAGGGACAUUCCAAGGCCUUGAUCAACUGCAGCUACUCAAUCUGUACGGCAACAAGUUGACGACAAUUCCUGCAGGGACAUUCCAAGGCCUUGAUCAACUGCAGCUACUCAAUCUGUACGGCAACAAGUUGACCAGAAUUCCUGCAGGGACAUUCCACGGCCUUGGUCAACUGCAGAAACUCAAUUUGGUCCACAACCAGUUGACCAGAAUUCCUGCGGGGGCGUUCCAAGGCCUUGAUCAGCUCCAGGGACUCAGGCUGGAGUACAACAAGCUUGCCACAAUUCCUGCAGGGACAUUCCAAGGCCUUGGUCAACUCCAGAAACUCAAUUUGGCCCACAACCAGUUGACCAGAAUUCCUGCAGGGACAUCCCAAGGACUUGGCCAACUGCAGGAACUCGAUCUGUACGGCAACAAGUUGACGACAAUUCCUGCAGCGACAUUCCAAGGCCUUGGUCAACUGCAGAAACUCGAUCUGGGCGGCAACCAGUUGACCACAAUUCCUACGGGGACAUUCCAAGACCUUGGUCAACUGCAGGAACUCGAUCUGGGCGGCAACCAGUUGACCACAAUUCCUACGGGGACAUUCCAAGACCUUGGUCAACUGCAGGAACUUGAUCUGUUCGGCAACCAGUUGACCACAAUUCCUGCAGGGACAUUCCAAGGACUUGGUCAACUGCAGGAACUUGAUCUGUUCGGCAACCAGUUGACCACAAUUCCUGCAGGGACAUUCCAAGGCCUUGGUCAACUGCAGCUACUCAAUCUGGGCAGCAACAAGUUGACCACAAUUCCUGCAGGGACAUUCCAAGGCCUUGAUCAACUGCAGCUACUCAAUCUGUACGGCAACAAGUUGACGACAAUUCCUGCAGGGACAUUCCAAGGCCUUGAUCAACUGCAGCUACUCAAUCUGUACGGCAACAAGUUGACCAGAAUUCCUGCAGGGACAUUCCAAGGCCUUGGUCAACUCCAGAAACUCAAUUUGGCCCACAACCAGUUGACCAGAAUUCCUGCGGGGGCGUUCCAAGGCCUUGAUCAACUCCUCAGACUCUGGCUGAAUGGCAACCCUUGGAAUUCUUCGAGUGUUUGCAUUAAUUCUUCCUCGUUUCCGCUGCUGAAUGAUUUGCGGGGCGUAAGCUUUUGCUAA